AUGGAUUUGUCUCACAAUUUUUGGAUUGAUUCUGGCAAUAAACCCGGAGGAAACAAACUGUGGAAGAACUUUAGGACUUCCGACGCUAAGGAAUUGCCGGAAUUCAAAGACCAUGAAAAUCUGGAACGGCUUAGAAUCAAAAAAAGGCAAUUGGCCUUGGAUGAAAAACUUAACGCGUCCCUUGUUCGAAUAGAAAUGUCAUAUAUGGAUAUAAAUAACGCAUCUAGAAUUGGCGUUUGUGGUGGAGUCAUAGUGAGCCAACAUCACGUGUUAACUGCCGCCCAUUGCUUCAAUAUCAAACCGAACCUACAAAAUGUUACCCUAAUGGUAGGGAGUCAUGUCAAUAUAGCGGAAAAAAUAGACAAAGACACGAAGUUGAAAAGUCUGAAAAACUGCACUAUCCACCCUUCUUAUAUAAAGGGCAGACCGGGAAAUGAUUUAGCAAUUUUGAAGAUUGAAGGGAGUUUUAAUCUAAAUGAGGAACCCUGGCUAGACAAAAUUUGCUUGCCACAACCUGAAACGAUGAUCGAGAAAUUGGGACCUAACUGUUACACGUUGGGAUGGGGACUAUACGAUGUUAUGGGAACGGCUUUGGAAGAAGAGUAG